AAGGGCAGGAGAAAAAUAAUGCAAUCAAAACAAACUUUAAGAGAUAGAUGAUAGAUUGGGAUAGAUGAAGUGACUAUACGGUUGGGAAAAUGUUAUGAAAGGAUGGAAGAAAGCAAGCAAGCCAAGGGAAGAGUAAAAAGGCAGGUAGGAGAAAAAAAAGGACAGGAAGAAAUCAAGGGAAGGAAAGAAGGAAGUAAGAAGGAGAGAACCAAAGAGGGAAAGAAAGAAAAUGAGAAGAAAAAGGGAAAGGGUGAAAUCAGAAGAUUAUAAGAAAAUAAAGGGGCGAAAGCCUAAUUAAAAAAAAAAAAAAAAAAGGUAAGCAAAGGCGGGUAGAAGUAGCCUAUAAGAAAAGAAGCGAGGAACCAAGAAAAAAGAAUUAGGAACCGAAUGCGCCUCUAAUAAACACAUGUGGUCAUAGGGAACGAAAUUAGUCAGGUAAGGAGCGAUUAAGGAACCAAGGAAGGAAGGAAGGGAGCAAGGGAGCGAACUAAUUCAUUUUCAUGCCAUCGCCUCUGUUCCGUGCAGGCUCGCUGUGGUGCGCGAGGGUCGUCAGUGCUCUCACCAUAUCGCACGCGGCCACAUUCUUCAGCACGAGGAGACUGCAGAAGCUCCGUCCCGCGCUCUAAAAACAAACGACAGACAGACAGACAGGGACCCAAGCGGGACAUCAAAGGCGCCGACGAGAGCAUCCGAGUGGACCGUCACACACCGAGCGAGGACCAUGGAGAGCGCAGUGAACGGCUCGGACGCCGAUUACCGGAGCCAGAUCCCGGGGUUUUACAACAGCAGCAGCUUCUGUCGGAACUUCACCAACGACAGCACGAGCUUCGCGGAGGCGAGAUGUGACGGCAACCGCAGGCUGACCGGCAGGCUCGAGGACGACGCUAACCCGGUCAUCAUAGCGAUUGUGAUCACCGCUCUGUACUCCAUCGUAUGUGUGGUGGGGCUGGUGGGGAACGUGCUGGUCAUGUACAUCGUAGUCAGAUACACCAAAAUGAAGACUGCCACUAACAUCUACAUCUUCAACCUGGCCCUGGCUGACACCCUAGUCACCAGCACGUUACCAUUCCAGAGCGUCAACUAUCUGAUGGGCACAUGGCCGUUUGGGGACAUCCUGUGCAAGAUGGUGAUGUCCAUCGACUACUACAACAUGUUCACCUCCAUCUUCACGCUCACCACCAUGAGCAUCGACCGCUACGUGGCCGUCUGCCACCCGGUCAAAGCUCUGGACUUCAGGACACCACGCAACGCCAAGAUUGUCAACGUCUGCAACUGGAUUCUCUCCUCCGCCAUCGGACUUCCUGUGAUGUUCAUGGCUUCCACCGCUGUCACUCCCUCCAGCAUUGUAGACUGCAAGCUGAUUUUCCCCCACCCCUCCUGGUACUGGGACACCCUGCUGAAGAUCUGCGUGUUCAUCUUUGCCUUCAUCAUGCCCGUCCUCAUCAUCACCGUCUGCUACGGCCUCAUGAUCCUGAGGCUAAAGAGCGUGCGCAUGCUGUCAGGCUCUCAGGAGAAGGACAGAAACCUGCGUCGCAUCACCCGUAUGGUCCUGGUGGUGGUUGCUGUCUUCAUCGUAUGCUGGACACCUAUCCAUAUCUUUGUCAUCAUCACAGCUCUGAUCAAUAUCCCCAGCUCCACGCUGCAGACUAUCACCUGGCACUUCUGCAUUGCGCUGGGCUACACAAACAGUAGUCUGAAUCCCGUUCUUUAUGGCUACCUGGACGAGAACUUCAAGCGUUGUUUCCGUGAGUUCUGCACCCCGAGUCCCUCUGUGUUGGAGAUGCAGAACUCCUCGCGGACCGGAGCCACAAGCCGCAAGCUGCCUCAGCGUGAGCAAAACAGCGCAAACACGGGGGAGAGGUCCAAUCAACAGGUAUGACUAGCCUUGGAGGGAUCGUCGAUGGACACUCGUGUUGCCAACGACGAUCUCAACUCUGAAAUCACGCAGGUCACCACAGGGCUCUGACAUAACAAAACACAAACCAGACACACAAACCAUGGACCAGACUGAGACUCGAUAGCACAGACCAGUUUGAUGAUGGGAUGGCAAUCUUCUGCCAACCAGUCUAAAUACUUUCCCUGCAUGUCCGUGUGAGGCUCUCACUGACGUACACAAUGAAAUAUGUCUUUGCAGUUUAAACAGAACCUCAUGAUUCAUUAUGAUAUCAUGACCUCCUGACUGAAGAAGUCGGUCUGCUAAAUUGUGCAUUAAGCCUUUACGACUUAAUUACAUUUAAACAUUGUGUUCUUAAAAUGACUUGGUCAAUAUUGACUGUACAGUCAGAAUAGUGCAGUAAACAAACACAGAUGUAUAAAAAACAGUAACACAAUUGACUAAUGUGAUUUUUGUCCUAUCUGGUCUGUGUUAAGCUGCCUCAUUGAUUAAAUCAAUCCGUCAUAACUCUCAGUGCUGUAUAUCAGUGUUGUAAAAGUAGAUCAAUUAAUUUUCUCUUGUUUGCAGAGUUAACAUGACAAUCUGUUCCUUUCCAUCUUGUGUUUUCUACUGAAACUGUGCACAUGUACAAGGACAGCUUUAGUUCAAAGGUCAUGUUACUGAAUGCAACUUGUUGUCAUCUACUGUCCACUUUGUUUUCAGUCCUUCUUUUUCUUCUUCUAUCGCUUUUUUCUUUCCCUAAAAGACCAUUUCUACUGUUGAAUGACUAAUCAUUGAGUAGCCAUUCACUGUAUGUGUUACACAUUUCUGAAUGUAAAUGAAGAAAAUAACAGCUGUGUUUAUCACACUGGAGCCUUGUGCUGAACUGUGGAUCCUAUAAACCAGCAGAGAAGAUGCAUCAGGCUGUGCACAGCGCACAGAGUGUGCUAUCGUGGCUUACAGUGUGAACAUAUGACACUACUCGUUGUAUGAUUAACCACUGCUUAUGACGGCCAUUACGCCAGGAUUGGAUUCAAAUGGAGUCAACUCUCCUCUGAGGACUUAAACAAGUGAGCCAAGCAGGAUUGUACAUCCGCUGUAAUCGUUAGAAUUGCUUGUGCUUACGUGUUGUGCUGUAUGCUAUACUUGCCAGUUGCCUUUACAGUAGCUCUACUUGAUAUUCUGUGUACUGUCAGUAUUUUUUAAAGGAUCUGUAAAGAUGAACAUGAUUGUAUUAAUCAGACGUGUAAAAUACUGUAAGUAUAUGUUGCUUUUUUUCUAAACAUGAAAUCAUACAUUUGCCAGAUAAGCAAUUAUGGAGAUGAUAUCAGACCAGCAAGAUUAUUGUGCUUUUUUCAAAACAUAACUUUGGUCUUAUCGAGCCUGCCCUGUUAACUGAAGAGAUGUAUAUCAUCUAACAAUGAACGUAAAAAAUCUAAAAUUGUGACAUUACAGACUAUUGUCUAUGUUUCUUGGCUGUGUUCUGGCGUAUCCAGACUAUUUGGAAUGGGGAGGCCCAACCCGAGCCCUGACAUAUACAGGAGUGGUAUUAAGUGUGUGUGCACACAGACGUACAUGUCCUGAUAGAGUUUCAUUUAGUUUCUGUCACAUCUAAACAAAUCUAUUUGAACUGUAAACAUGAAGGUUCUCAUAAAGUCCUUACA